AUGAGGUCACAAAACACGGUGUGCCUACAAAGUAUCACACCUGUGUGGCCCCCAGCAGCCUUUCCAAAGGGGGACUCCAGGAACAUUUCAGAAUGCAAAGAGCAUCUUCCCAGUAAGUUCAAAGCCAUGGAGGUAAUGCUAAGUGUGUGGGCACGUGCGAGAAAAGCCAUUCCACCUUGUGCUUCCAGCUGGAGCUUUCAACUUUUAAAACCAUUCAGGAGCUAUCAGUUCCCCAUUUUUGGAAGAAAUAACUCAGUCAGAAGGAAGUACAUCCACAGAAGAGAUCUGAUGGGGGAUGCAACCUCAGAACCUGGGGAGAAAUAA